UUCGUUGUCACCAUCAUCAAAAUUCACACACACACCCCUCCCCCUAGAAAAUAUUUAGACGAGAGAGAGGGGGAGAGAGAGGGAGAGAGAGGUUAUGGAGAAUCAUCAGGAGGUGGAGGGAGAGGAGGAAGGGGACGAGGUGAGGCCCAUGGCGGAGGAGGAGGGGGCGGUGGGGUCCAGCUUGACCAUGGAGAGGGUGGCUGCGGCCAAGCAGUUCAUCGAGAGCCAUUACAAAGCGCAGAUGAAGCACAUCCAAGAACGCAAGGAGAGGCGCUCAGUGCUGGAAAGGAAGUUGGCAUCUUCAGAUGUAUCACAGGAGGAACAAAUCAAUCUACUGAAGGAUUUGGAGCGCAAAGAGACUGAAUAUAUGCGUCUUAAAAGACACAAGAUUUGUGUUGAUGACUUUGACCUUCUGACAAUUAUUGGGAGAGGGGCCUUUGGAGAGGUUAGAUUGUGUCGGGAGAAGAAAUCAGGCAACAUUUAUGCCAUGAAAAAGCUGAAGAAGUCAGAAAUGGUCAGCAGGGGACAGGUUGAACAUGUUAGAGCUGAAAGAAACUUGCUUGCGGAAGUUGCCAGUCAUUUCAUUGUGAAACUCUAUUAUUCCUUUCAAGAUGCUGAAUACUUGUAUCUAAUCAUGGAAUAUCUUCCUGGUGGUGACAUGAUGACUUUGCUCAUAAGGGAAGAAACUUUGACCGAAACUGUUGCUAGAUUCUAUAUUGCUCAAAGUGUUCUAGCCAUAGAGUCUAUCCAUAAACACAACUACAUCCACAGAGAUAUAAAACCUGACAACCUCCUGUUGGAUAAAAAUGGUCACAUGAAGCUCUCUGAUUUUGGCCUUUGCAAGCCUCUUGACUGCUCUCAUUUAUCAUCCAUAAAUGAAAAUGAAGUCCUGGAUGAUGAGAAUUUGAAUGAUACAAUGGAUAUUGAUGGAUGCUUUCCAGAUAGUAAAACUGGGAGGCGUUGGAAAAGCCCCCUUGAACAACUUCAGCAUUGGCAGAUGAACAGGAGGAAAUUGGCAUAUUCAACAGUUGGUACGCCAGAUUAUAUUGCUCCUGAAGUACUGCUAAAAAAAGGCUAUGGUGUGGAGUGUGACUGGUGGUCACUUGGUGCAAUAAUGUAUGAGAUGCUCGUUGGCUAUCCCCCAUUUUAUUCUGAUGACCCAGUAACAGCUUGCAGAAAGAUUGUGCAUUGGAAACAUCAUUUAAAGUUUCCAGAGGAGGCUAGAUUGACACCUGAAGCAAAGGAUUUGAUCUGUAGAUUGCUAUGUGAUGCUGAACAUAGGCUUAGCACUGGAGGGCUGAACCAAAUUAAAAGUCAUCCCUGGUUCAAAGAUGUUGUGUGGGACAAACUCUAUGAAAUGGAGGCAGCAUUUAAGCCAGAGGUCAAUGGGGAACUUGAUACACAAAAUUUUAUGAAAUUUGACGAGGUAGAUCCUCCUUCACAAGCAAGAACCGGAUCUGGACUCAUGAGGAAGAUGCUUUUGACUCCUAAAGAUCUCAGUUUUGUUGGCUAUACGUACAAGAAUUUUGACGCUGUCAAAGGGUUGCAUAAUUCUGGUGGUUUAAGGAGCACGUCCCCAAUUAUAUCAUCCCCCGGUUCUUUCCACAGUGAUUCUGCAGUGGAUUACUCUGCCAAUGACAGAGAAACAGAGAUGCUCGUGUCAUCCGAGGAUGCCAUGUCACAGUGAAGAGCUACCGACAUGAAAAUGGACAAGAGCCCUGUUAUGAAGGUGGGUAUACCUGCUUAUUUUUCAGUCAGGUUUUGCCCAAAUCUCCAUUAUGAACGAAGUUAACUGGCAUAAUAUUGCCGAACUUGUAAGUGUACAGUGAAGAACUUCAGGAAUGCCCUCAGAUGGGUUGGUUAGUAGCAAUAGUAUUAGUUGCUAUACUUCAAAGUUUUUUUGUAUCGAGCAGGAAUCAUUAUCAUGGUGAGGUCCUGACUGCCCAGGUUGGCAAACUAAAUAUGCCUUCUCUUGAGGCAGUCGCUGGCCUUCUACUCUUUCUUUUUCUUCUUCUUUUUCCUGGGUUCUGUUAUGUCUUCAUGAUAUUCUAGAAAGCUGCGUAAUGCUUUAUGGCUGUAUUGAAGAUAAAUCUUCUGAUAACUGUUAUUGUAUUGAGUAUGGACAGCCUAGGGCUUUGGGGAGCAUAUGAAAUUAAGUUGUUAUC